UUACAUUUGGCCUGGUUUCCCAUAUCUUCAAAUAGUUAUAAAUUUCCUUCACUGGAAACACAAAAAAGUUCAGCAACACCAAUUAAGAAGUUCCAUUGACAAAGUCAUCCACUACUUUGAAUUUGCUCCAAGAGCCAAUUAUAGUACAAGGCCAAAGGUUCAACUAGAAUAAAAUACUCAAUUUUCUAAAGGUUCAAAUUAAUAGGACUUUUUUAAGACUCCAGCACAGAGAAUAAGGUCCAUUCCUCGUUAGCCCCUGCCACUAUAAAGCUGAAGUUUUUCAAAGAACAUUACCAUGCCUAUUGUCUAAUGGCUGAGCAAUUACAAAUUCAAGAAUUUGUAGUAGGAGAAGAAGAAAAAGAAUGUACAACAAUUAUGGAUGUACAAAUAGAAUCGCCGGUAAAUCUCUAUAAUCUGGAUUAUUGCUAUUUAAACCUCCCUCCUAUCAGCCCAUUAGCUGAUAUUGUGCUAUCCCCCUUGUGGAGCUCUUCUGAUUGCAAUGAUACUGGCUGUUAUGAUGGAAGCAGCAUCAGUGCUAUUAGGAGGAUUAGCAAUGAUCAACACUUUUCCAGCCAUUCUGCAUCAUAUCCUGAUGGUUCACCUGGAGAUGUUGAUAGAAGCCUCAGAAAGAGCCCUGCAUAUGAGAAAGCCAGUAGUCUAGAUUUUUGUAAUAUUAAAAAAAGGAUUUCUCAGGCAGUUGAAUACAUUUUAUCAAUGGGAGAAGACAUCCUAGUUCAAUUUUGGGCACCUGUGAAGACCAGUAGUCAGUGUAUACUUGCAACUUGUGGGCAACCGUUUGCUAUUGAUUCCACAAAUUCGAGACUUCAUCAUUAUAGGAUGAUUUCAGUGAUGUAUUAUUACUCUGUUGAUGGUACGAAUGAUGGAUGCCUCGGGCUUCCUGGACGUGUCUUUAAGAUGAAAUUCCCAGAGUGGACUCCAAAUGUCAAAUAUUACUCGAGCAAAGAAUUUCCACAGUUAGAUCAUGCUUUACUCUACAAUAUUCGCGGAACCUUAGCACUUCCAGUAUUUGAAGGAGAUCGCUGUGUUGGUGUUCUUGAGCUCAUAAUGACAUCAGAGAAGAUCAAUUAUGCGCCAGAGUUUGACAAAGUCUGCAAAGCGUUAGAGGCAACCAAUCUAAAAAGCACAGAAACAUUUGAUCAGCGAGAUACAUUGACUUGCAAUGAAGACUUCAAAAACACACAGGUUGAAAUCCUCGAACUGCUUUCUGCAGUGUGUGAACGUCACAAGUUACCUUUAGCUCAGACCUGGCUUCCUUUCAGUCAUCAAAAUGCUGUGAUUUGCGGCAACAGAUUCACUGGACUUACCUGUGGUCCUAGUUUUGCAUUUUAUGUAGUAGAAGCUCAUAUGUGGGCUUUCCGAGAGGCUUGCUUGGAACAUCUCUUACAGGAUAAACAAGGGCUUCCUGGUAAGGCAUUUUCCUCUCUUGAUGCAUGUUUUUGUCCAGAUAUUAGCCUGUUCGGGAAAAGUGAGUAUCCCUUGGCACACUAUGCACGCAUGUUUGGGUUGCAGAGCAGUCUGGCUAUUCCCGUAUACAGUAGUCUAUCCAGAGAGGAAACCUGUGUUCUAGAAUUCUUCCUUCCUCAUAGCAGCACAGACCAGAAAAUGCAAUUGCAGAUUGCGGUUUCUAUUCUUGCAACAACGAGGGAAAUAUUGCAGAAUUCUAAAGUUAUGCAAUGGAUGGAACCCAAAGUAGAAGGACAUUUUAAAAUUAUUGAUUUGUCUGUUGGCAAGAAGCUUCCUUUCGCACCAGUGGCAGAACUAAAAUCCCAAACAGUAGACACCAGACAUGGAUUGUUAGCCUCACCAGGUGGACUUGGGUCAAAAGAACAAGAUCUGCCCAUGCAGCAAAUGCCGGAAUAUGAUAUUGCAUUAUUCAAAGCAACGAGUGAUGCUAAUGCAAAGAAGAUUACAUCCUCAAUUCUUGAAAAUGAUGAAAAGAAGACGUCACAGGUUCUUAGGCAACUUUUUGGAAGAAAUCUCAAUGAUGCUGCCAAUUGCCUUGGGGUCAGUCGAUCAACAUUCAAGAGAAUUUGUAGGCAGCAAGGGAUUUCCAGGUGGCCUCGGAUGAAGAAAUCAAGUAGUAAUUGUUUUGACCAAAUCAGAGAGCAUGUAAAUGAAGCUGCCCAUUUGGUUGAGAAAGCAUCUACUGGUACUUCGUGGCCAGUAGAACCUAUGCUUGAAUUUGGUUCAAACUCUUCAACCAACUUGAAGAAACCGAUCCAUCACGGUUUACUACUUCAGCAGAUAGAAUCAACCACAUUCACAUCUGGAAACUUAGCAAAAGAAAUGCCAAAUGAAAAAUCAAAUUCAGUUACUCUCAGCAAUUUUGGUGUAUUAGUCGGAACAGAUAAACGAGUUCCUGAAUCCAGUGGCUCAGUCCCCCAAAAUUCUUGUCCUCCUCUUGCACAACUGCUGGCUAGCAUUGUCGAUGUUCCCAGAAGUCCACCUGUUACUGCUUUGCAAAAUGGAGAAACUGCAAUAAUAAAGGUAAGAUAUGGGGAAUACAUUAUCAGAUUUCGACUUUCAUUUUCAUCACAGUUUGGAGAACUGGAAAACAAGGUGGCCGAUAGGCUAGAGUUGAAGAUUGGAACUUUUCGCAUUCAGUAUCAGGAUACAGAUGAUGAUUGGGUACUCAUAACUUGUAACGAUGAUUUGGAAAGUUGUCUAAGCGAAUGGAGAUCAGUGGGUAAUAGAUCAAUCAAAAUGCUGGUACAAACCAUAAACUUGUAAAGUUUACCUGUAGUUUUGUAUGUGAUUAUGUGUCAAAACAUGUGCUAUGGGUAAUUCAAAAAUCAUUUAAAACAGUA